UCUGUAACGAGACGCAUCUCUAUCAACUAUGAAUUACCUCAUCGCCCUGACCCUCGUCUCCGCGGCUGCUGCAGCUCGCCUUGAAAACAUCUAUCUUCCACCCAAUUCUGGUUCAUCGAGCGGGGCCAGUGCUGGUCUCAGAACGCCAUUUGGAUCAGACUCAGUAUCUUCAGCGUCAGCAAGCAGCCAGGCUGAGAUCUUGAGAUACGAGAACGAGAUCGAUGAACAAGGAUGGCACUACGCGUAUGAAACCAGUGAUGGGACUAAAGCUGAACAAGAUGGUCGCGUCCUCCCUGGAUCAGUACCUGAAGAAGGUUCCCUCCAAGUAUCGGGCGCUUUCUCCUACAUAGGGGACGACGGUCAGACUUACUCCGUCAGCUACACAGCUGAUGAGAACGGCUUCCACCCCACCGGUGACCAUCUUCCCACACCACCACCAAUUCCAGAGGAAAUUUUGAAGAGCUUGCAAUUAACUGCUGGAAAUGACGGUCAAUACAGCAGUCACAAGAGCAGCUACGAUGCGGAUGCUGGAUAUUAAAGAACCUUUGAAUGUAUGAAUGUAUAGCCAAAUACAUACAACGCCAGUUUAUUUUAUAUUUUUGUACAUACAUAAUUGUUCGUGGUGUAUGUAUUUGACUAU